AUCAUCACAUCUCAAACGCGUCUACAACCCUCUACUACUCUCAAUCAACUCACCUUCUCCCACCACAACAACUCCCCCCCAAACAACAACAACUCUCAUCAUGACUGGACGCGGCAAGGGCGGAAAGGGUCUCGGAAAGGGUGGCGCCAAGCGUCACCGCAAGAUUCUCCGCGACAACAUCCAGGGUAUCACUAAGCCCGCUAUCCGUCGUCUCGCUCGUCGUGGCGGUGUCAAGCGUAUCUCAGCCAUGAUCUACGAGGAGACUCGCGGUGUUCUCAAGACCUUCCUCGAGGGUGUCAUUCGUGACGCCGUCACCUACACUGAGCACGCCAAGCGCAAGACUGUCACUUCUCUCGACGUUGUCUACGCUCUCAAGCGACAAGGCCGCACUCUCUACGGUUUCGGUGGUUAGACGCUUUCUCUUCACGGUUUUCAUGUCACGACUUUUGCCGGCUACUUCAGUCCAUGGUCGGUUUCGGUGCUUGGUGGGAUGGUCAUAGCCUUGUACAGUAAAAUAAGGCUCGGAGUUACGGUUAUAUCAGUCGGGUUCUGGUUUCCAUGGAAUGAUACCAUAAUACUUCA